GUUGGGGGGAGUGAGGAGGAGAAAGAGGAACAGGAGAGCCAAAAGCAAAGCAGAGGAGAGCGAGAGCGGAAAGCCCACCACCUUCCUUGGAUCCACAACCCAACCCACCCCACACACGCCACUCCCUUCCUCUCUCUCUAGGCUCUCUCUCUGUCCUCGAGUAUUUUAGUCUUGGUCUAUUCGAGUCCUCCUCUCCUGCCAGUAGCGAGCGAGCGAGCGAGCGUGCGGUGGUGCUGGUGGAGGAGGAGGAGGAAGGGGAAGGGGAAGGAGCGGAGGUUUGGUCGCGGGGAGGGAGAUCUACGAGGCGGAGGUCGGUGUUCGUCCAUGGGGGCUCGCUGCUCCAAGCUCUCCGUCUGCUGGUGGCCGCCGCACUUCAAAUCGCCGCGGCUUGAGAAUGGGGCCGCUGGGGAAGACGGCAGUGGUGUGCCGGUGUUCACGGAGUACAGCCUUGACGAGCUCCGCGCAGCCACCGACGGCUUCGCUCCCGACCGCAUCGUGUCAGAGCAUGGCGAGAAGGCACCCAACGUCGUCUACCGCGGCACACUCUUCAGCUCUGGCCACACCGUGGCCAUCAAACGCUUCGGCCGCUCUGCCUGGCCUGACUCCCGACAGUUCGUGGAGGAGGCCAGGGCUGUUGGGCUACUGCGGAGUGGUCGUCUCUCCAAUCUGAUCGGGUGCUGCUGUGAGAGCGGCGAGCGGCUGCUUGUCGCUGAGUUCAUGCCGCAUGAUACCUUGGCGAAGCACCUCUUCCACUGGGAGACAAAGCCAUUGAGCUGGCCUAUGAGGGUACGAGCUGCACUCUAUGUGGCACAAGCAUUGGAGUACUGCACCAACAAAGGGAGGGCUCUCUACCAUGACCUGCAUGCAUACAGGGUCCUCUUUGAUGUGGAUGGUAACCCUAGACUGUCCUGUUUCGGUCUGAUGAAGAACAGCAGGGAUGGGAAGAGCUACAGUACCAAUUUGGCUUUCACGCCUCCUGAGUACCUUAAGACUGGCAGAGUAAUUCCAGAGAGUGUGGUCUACAGUUUUGGUACUAUCUUGCUUGAUCUCCUAAGUGGAAAGCAUAUUCCACCAAGCCAUGCCCUUGACCUUAUCAAAGGAAAGAAUUACAUGGUGUUGAUGGAUUCUUGCUUGGAAGGCCAUGUCUCCAGCUCUGAUGGAAAUGAAAUGAUGAGAUUGGUAUCCCGUUGCUUGUCAUAUGAAGCCCGUGAACGGCCAAACCUGAAAGCAGUAGUGUCUGCUCUUGCAAACCUACAAAGAGAUGCUUCUGCUCCUUCACGUACUUUACUGGGUAUUCCACAAGAUACAGAGGAGAACUCAGCGCAAGUUUCAUUUUCGGCUACUGGGAAAGCUUAUGCCACAGCUGACCUCGAGGGGGUACAUGAGAUAUUGACGAAUGAUGGAUACAAAGAGGAUGACAUAGCAACCUAUAAGGUAUCCUUAGAUUCGUGGCCUGGCCAACCAGCUGAGAGUCUUCGCGUCAAGAAGAAUGGAGAUGAUGCUUUCCAAUCCAAAGAUUUUACAACUGUGCUAGAGUGUUAUUCAAUGUUUAUCGACACUGGUGCAAUGGAGUCCCCAACUAUGCUGGUGCGACGAAGUUUCGCGAACAUGGUACUUAACAGGCUGGAAGAUAGCCUUGAAGAUGCAAGGAAAGCAGAGGGAAUAUCACCUGAGUGGCCAACUGCACACUACCUGCAAGGGAUGGCGCUCAUUGGCCUUGGCAUGGAGCUUGAUGGUCAUGAGAAGCUAAAGAUAGGCGCUGCUUUGGAAGCUCAAAGAAAGGGUAGAACUAGAACUGUAUAGAGCCGCCAUGGAGGCGAUGAUGAUCUUCUGUACCUAGAUCGCCUGCAUUUUGGGUGUCCUCCAACUCCAACCAAUGCGUUGCAACCAGUGGCAGUAGGGGCUGUUUUUUUGGUCUUCCCUAACUUGGAGUGGUAUUUUCAGUGGUUUUACAAACUCCUAGGCUGGCUGUUAUUACACCUCCAAUAUAUAUUUAUAAGUACAAAAAUGGGCCACAGCAUUCCGUGGAUUUGAGAUUGUAAAGCGACAUUACUUUAGUCUUAUCUCUUCAAAUUCAUGUAUAUACAGAACCUUAAAAAAAAUCUAGAUUGCAACUUGAAUCCUAUGAUUGAUCAGGCAUA